AAGAGGGGCGCAUGACGUACAUCCGCUAACAUGCAGCCGCCAUCUUUGAUUCGAUCGGCGCCGCGGGGCGCGGAAGGUCUUUACGCUGAGGUGUUUCCGGUUUCAACAUGGUCGCCUAAGCUGUUUAGUGAAACUUCUUCCACCUCUCUCCAUUCCCCUAGGUGUUAUUUUCUGAACCUGGAUGUGACGUAUUAAAGGAUCCGACGGAAAUAGAAUUGAAGGCAUUCUAAAAUGGCUAACCGUACAGUGAAAGAUGCGCACAGCAUCCACGGCACUAACCCUCAAUAUCUGGUGGAGAAGAUCAUUCGAACGCGAAUCUAUGAGUCCAAGUACUGGAAAGAGGAGUGCUUUGGGCUUACGGCUGAACUUGUAGUCGAUAAAGCCAUGGAGUUAAGGUUUGUGGGUGGCGUCUAUGGUGGCAACAUAAAACCAACACCCUUUCUGUGUUUAACCUUGAAGAUGCUUCAAAUUCAACCCGAGAAGGAUAUCAUUGUAGAGUUUAUCAAAAAUGAAGAUUUCAAGUAUGUUCGCAUGCUGGGGGCACUUUACAUGAGGCUGACAGGCACUGCAAUUGAUUGCUAUAAGUACUUGGAGCCUCUGUACAAUGACUAUCGAAAAAUCAAGAGCCAGAACCGAAAUGGGGAGUUUGAAUUGAUGCAUGUUGAUGAGUUUAUUGAUGAACUAUUGCACAGUGAGAGAGUCUGUGAUAUCAUUCUGCCCCGGCUACAGAAACGCUAUGUAUUAGAGGAAGCUGAGCAACUGGAGCCUCGAGUCAGCGCUCUGGAAGAGGACAUGGAUGAUGUGGAGUCCAGUGAAGAGGAAGAAGAGGAGGAUGAGAAGUUGGAAAGAGUGCCAUCACCUGAUCACCGCCGGAGAAGCUACCGAGACUUGGAUAAGCCCCGUCGCUCUCCCACACUGCGCUACAGGAGGAGUAGAAGCCGGUCUCCCAGAAGGCGGAGUCGAUCUCCCAAAAGGAGAAGCCCCUCCCCCCGCCGAGAAAGGCAUCGGAGCAAGAGUCCAAGACGUCACCGCAGCAGGUCCCGAGAUCGGCGGCACAGAUCCCGUUCCAAGUCCCCAGGUCAUCACCGUAGUCACAGACACAGGAGCCACUCAAAGUCUCCCGAAAGGUCUAAGAAGAGCCACAAGAAGAGCCGGAGAGGGAAUGAGUAAUGGACUGUUUGGUUUUAGUCCACAUGGCCUCCUGUGGAUAUGAGGGUAUCUGUCUAUGUGAAAGGAUUAAGACCUCCCCCAGGCAGCUAUAAGAAUAUUUUAGUUUUUUUCUUAUCAAAUUUCUCAACCUUUAUUUUUAAUGAAGGAGGUGCUGAGUUUUGUAUCUCUUUGUAAUCAUAAUCAACAUCAGUUUUUGACCCAACUAACCUUGACUGUAUUCAAACUUACAAGAGUAGAAAGGAUCUGGAGGUUGGGGAUAUGAAUGACAAGGAAAGGAUGUGGCCACCUGAUGACCCUUUCCCUUUUUAUUAAACCAGACACACCUGUUUCCCAUUUCGCUGUAGUUUAGUUUUUGGUUUGUUGUGGUUGCAACUGCUUUGAGAAUCCUGGGAUUUGUGCUGCUGCUAUUAUUUAAAGAUCAAAGGAGUAAAACAUAGUAGCUCCUAACUUUUUCCUAGCAGCAGCAAGUGGUAAUAAACAUGAAACUUGGUUAGCAGUUUUGAAAGAACAGAACGCAUUCAACUGUAAGGCUUCCUCUGGAUCAUUAAAGCCAGUUUCAUCCAACAGUUCAACAGAGAGCGGCACUUAAUACCCUUUAUACAGCCCAUUUUUUUCUUAGUUUCAUUUGUUCUUGCCCACAAGCUGGAAAUCCAGGUUAAGGUAUCCAGCCUUUAUCAUAUAAGCAUUGACAUUACCCAGGCCUAGUCAGUAGCAGUAGGGUAACAGGAUUGAAAAAGAGUUGAUGGAGAGGAAAGUAUCUAUCUAAUAUGAGUCAUGGUUUUGACCUAAAUUGCUAGACAGUAGUGCCAUUCACAAAGUCAGAAAACACCACAGGAGGAGACAGCUUUUAGAAGGGCAGAGAAUUAGGGAAUUGUGGUAGUAAUGAAAAUGACGCAUUCAGUUUCACAAGUUGGAGCUUUGGCAUAGCUAAAAACAAAAGCCCAUGAAGUUGGAGAUAGGGACCAGAAUUGAACACAGCGGUCUAGGCCAGAAUGGACAACGUUUCAGUAAUUGUGGAAUCCGCCAAUAAGACUCCCCAGAGUGCUUAUAUAUAUCAGAAAUGCACACAACAGAACCACAGGCAGCACCAACACUGGUGACAGGAAGAAGUAGAAGACACCUAUUGAAAACUGGAAUGGCCCAUUCAGAAAGACAGGAGAAUUAGGAGAGGUGAAAGCAGCCAAGGGUCAAGAACGCAGAAGCAAAGGAAGGACUAAAAAGCCUCCAUGGACAUUGAUAAUCAAGAGAUUAUUAAGAUCUUUGCUAGAAGUGUUCCUUUACCUGUACUUAACUACCUUAAAAAGAGAAAAGUCGAUGACGUCCUGCAACUAUAGUCCCAGUAGGAACUGUGAAGACCAGCUGCCCUGCAGGAUCCAGUUUUUCUUGGGAGGUUGUAUCUGGUCAUAAGGUAAACAUUCUAUACAUUCUAUUGCUUGCUCCUGAACUGAAAGACUUCUCCAGCAGUAUUAAAACAUUUUUUAAUCUUA